UUAUCUUAGUGUUAAGAGUUAAGGCUUCGAAGUUUGAAAGGCCAUCUUUUUACUCCGUAGUAAGUCGUAAUUUGGUUUAUAAAGAAGUUAUGUAUAUUAAAUUAUAUAUGUUUACAUUAAAAAUCAAUAAAAUUUAUUAUAAUUAUUUUAAUAUUUUACAAUUUUGAUCGAGUUUGAAGUGGCCAGCUACUCAGUCAUGGAAUUUAAAUGUUUUGUCACUAUGAUGAUGCUUUAACUUUAAUUGUGUUCAGCUAUUAAAUUUAAAUAUGAGUUUUUGGCGAGAAGCUUCUAGUGUAAUGCUACUGACAAAAUCUUCUAAUAUAAAGAAUGUCUAUUGGGAUCCGUUCAAAAUAUUAUGUAUUAAAAGAAGUGAAAUAAACUCUUACUUACCCAAUUAUACAGUCUUUCCAGGGGGGGCUGCAGAGAAAUCAGACUCUUCUCCAGAAUGGACCGACAUUAUUCCAGAUUAUGCCAAUCCUAAUUUAAAUUUGAAUAUAAUUGGCUACAGCGGUAGCCCAGCUAUCAAAUUUGUAUCUGACAAUGAGCCAGGUUCUAUACCAAAAUACUUAUCGCUUAGAGUAACUGCUAUCAGAGAAACAUUUGAAGAAAGUGGUAUAUUGUUGUGUAAAAAAAUGAACUGCAGCUAUCCUGAGACUUGUGCAACAGUCCAUCAUUUAGAUAUUGAUAGCAUUGACAGAUGGAGAAAAUUAGUUCAGAAAAAUGCAUCUAAUUUUAUCAAUUUGUGUAAUGAAAAUAAUUGUUAUCCUGAUGUUGGUGCCUUGCAUUUAUGGAGUAACUGGUUAACAUCUCCACUAUUAAAGACAAAAUUUGAUACAAAAUUUUUCCUCGCUUUUAUUGAAUCUCCAGUGAAUGCAAGUCCUGAUGGUGUUGAAACUUCUCAAAUAACAUGGAACACACCAGAUGAAAUGUUAUCAAGAUUCGUUUCUGGUGAAGAGAAACUUGUAACUCCUCAAUAUUAUGAACUUUUAAGAUUAAAACAAUUUACAUCAUUUUCAAAAUUAACAAAUUUUGCUUGCACAAGAAGUGUUGAAGGGUGUGAACAAAUAUUACCAAUGGUUAUUGCAACUAAAGACGGGUACUUGACUUUACUCCCAGGAGAUGGAAAGUUUAAUAAUUCUGGAAAAUAUUUAGAAAUACAAUAUGAAUUGGAUAAACAUAUGCAAGACUUUGACUCUAAUGUGAUGCAUAGAUUACAUCAUACUGAAGAAUAUUUACCAAAAAAAAUAAUAAUUAAAAAUUAUACACCUAAAUGUAGACAUGUAUUGCCUACAACCCUAUCCAAUUGUAAAAUUUAAAAAAAUAAGGUAUAAUAGUUUAUUAUUAAUUGUCAAUAUAAUAUGUCGCAGUUGACCAUAAUUGAUUUGCAAAAUAUUGUUUUAUGCUACCAAACUUUGAUCUCUACUAACCCUGAUCAAUCAACCAAAUUUUUGUUUUCAUUUUUUUUUGUUAAUUAUUCUAUUGAAUUAUUUAGUUUUUAGUAAUUUUAAUUUGU